GGCAAUUCGUAAAUUAGGUAGUGUCGUAUUGACACUAUUAUUAAUACUACUACUGCUACUGCUAUAGACGAUAAUUGUUUGAAAACAAGGAGCAAUGUAUACGAUUAUAUUGUUGUUGUGCUGUGCAAUUUUCACCAAUGUUCAACGUACAGAGCAAGCUGACUUCUUAGAAGAUAACUACAUACAAAGGCUGAACAAAGUAGCAGUUACUUGGAAGGCUGGCGUUAAUUUCCAUCCAAAAACUAGUGUGGACGACAUAAAACGUCUGUUGGGAUCUUAUGCCUUGGGGUCGCCGAAAACGGAACCGGUCAAGGUACACGAUGCCGUUUACUUGGCCGAAACCCAAAUUCCGAAGACGUUCGACGCCCGUAACAAGUGGAACUACUGUACAACCAUCAAAACGGUUCGUGAUCAGGGUAAUUGCGGAUCUUGCUGGGCGUUCAGCACAAGCAGCGCGCUUUCGGACCGUUUGUGCAUAGCGUCCGAAGGGACAUUCGAUGAACUGUUGUCCGCCGAACAGCUGACUUUCUGCUGUCGUAGGUGUGGAUACGGUUGCAACGGAGGUUAUCCCAUAAGGGCCUGGGGUUACUUCCAUCGAAACGGCAUAGUCACCGGUGGCAACUACAACACUACUCAGGGAUGCCAACCGUACCAGGUGCCGCCAUGUGUAGAAGACAAGACAGGGCAUAACACGUGCGAGAACCAACCGAUAGAGAAAAAUCACAAAUGCCAAAACAUUUGCUACGGCGACACCGGAAUCAAGUUCAAGAAAGAUCACAGAUACACCAGAAACACGUAUUAUCUAUCGUCUCCGAAAUCGAUGCAGCAAGACGUGUUGGCCUACGGUCCGAUCGAAACGUCGUUUCAUGUGUUCGAUGACUUCCUCAGCUACAAAUCUGGUGUUUACUCCAAGACAGCAGUUGCCACGUACCUGGGAGACCACUCGGUAAAGCUGAUCGGUUGGGGCGAAGACAACGGGGUGCCAUACUGGUUGAUAAUGAAUUCAUGGAACGACAGCUGGGGUGACAAGGGUUUGUUUAAGAUCCUCAGGGGCAGCAAUGAAUGCAAAAUCGAAGAAAACCCUACUGGUGGCGAACCGAAAAUCAAAUAGGUGUUCUCAUUCCCCGUUUACGUUUACCAUUGUAUUGUAUACAAAAUAAUAGCAUUUAGGUAUCUGUAAUAAAGCGGUAUCUCUUUAGAGAAUCGCCAAGAGGUAUUACUUUAUUGCAGGUACCCAAAUCCUAUUAUGUUUUAUACAGAUUCGGUUGGUCCUACCACUCCAACGUAGACGGGUGUCCUGAGCACAUUUCAAUUAAAGGUAAAUGGCACAGCCUAUUUUUUUUUUGUGAGUGGUUUUGUGAUAGUUUUGAAUCAUUUUUUUUUUAAUUUUCAUAUAAUUUAUUGAAAACUGUAAGAGAAUACUAUAGUCAACACGUUUAAUUUUUGGUAUAUUUUUAUAUGUUAGGUACAUGGUAUAAUUAUUCAUGUUAUAGCAACCCAAUUAUUUUCGUUGUUUCGCGUUUAUAAGUGUAUACAUUUGAUUUUAUA